CACCUUUACCCAGCAGCAGCUCCCUCUCAGGGAGUCAGAGGGUCCCGUGGAAUCACAGCACAUGAACAUUUACAUUUAAAAAAGGAAAACAAUUUUUUUUUUUUACUCUUGAUUUUUAGCCUUCUUUUUAAGCAAACUAAAACUAUUCCAUAAAUAACUUUUUCUGGCUCUCCGUUGCUGCUGUCAAGCAACUGCCUCUGCGCUUUGGUUUCCUGCCUGCAUCACCAUGGGAAUCAAAGCGGCUCUUCCCAAGUACGAGAUCUACAGCUACUAUGUCGUGCCGUGCCUCGCCAUGUUCUGGGCCGCCAGCUGGAUCUUUGAAGUGUCCAAUUCCAACACAAACAGGAAGGCAUUCAAAGCCAGUGUCAAACCAAGUUAUUUUGGAAGGAAAAUGGAUACGUCUGAUUUUGAGUGGAUGAUGUGGUUUUCCACCUUCAGAGCUCACAUCCUGUUUGCUCUCUCUGGUCAUGUGCUAUUUGGAAAGAUCUGCUCCAUGCUGGCUCCGCAGUACAGGUCGUUGGUGUACAUGGUUUAUGGUCUCCUAGCUGUGUGGACCAGCAUGGGCUGGACCUACGUCACCCUCAUCUUGUCCCACUGCAUCCUGCUGUACAGCAUUUCCUUGGUGAAGAUCCGCUGGCUCUGCUUUGUCACUGGUCUUUGCACGCUUGCGACGUUCAAGUGUGAACCCUUUUUGUCCUGGGAGGCUGGUUUUGUGAAGGGGGACUUUGAACUUCGCCACAUUCUCUUUUAUGGAGGCUGUGGGUUUACAAUCAUGCGAUGCAUGAGCUUUGCUCUGGAAAACUGUGAAAAAACAGAUGGGAAUUACAACAUCCUUGAGCUACUCAAGUACAACUUCUACCUCCCUUUCUUCUAUUUUGGGCCUAUCAUGACCUUUGACAAAUUUUAUAUUCAAGUCAACAGGCCGGGCCUGACAAGAAAAGAUGGGGAAUUAUGGAACAUCAGUCUACAUGGACUCAUUCACCUGGGUGUCGUCAUUGUAGUGGACGUCCUCUUCCACUUCAUGUACAUCCUGACCAUACCUACUGACAUGAAACUGCUCAAGCACCUCUCUGACUGGGCUCUAAUUGGCCUGACUUAUUUCAACCUGGUGUACGACUGGGUCAAAGCAGCUGUGAUGUUUGGAGUCAUCAACACAGUGGCCAGACUGGAUCACCUGGACCCACCAAAACCACCAAAGUGCAUCACCAUGCUCUAUAUGUUUGCUGAAACACAUUUUGACAGAGGAAUUCAUGAAUGGCUUUGCAAGUAUGUUUAUGAUUAUUUAGGAGGAAAGCAUGAUAAUGUGCUGGAAGAGCUGGUGGCUACACUUUGCACCUAUGGCAUCACCAUUCUGUGGCUGGGUCCCUGCGAGGUGGUGCUCUUCUGGGCUUUCUUCAACUGUUUUGGGCUUAACUUUGAGCUGUGGACUGCCAAAUUCUUCUCCAUGGAGCCUUUUAUCUCCUUUGAGAUGGCAAUGUCUGAAGCAACGUCCCGCCGUAUCAGAGCCAUCUUCAACACGUUUAACUUCUGGUGCAUCGUGCUGUACAACAUUGUGGCCUUGAACGGUUUGGACUUUUCCAAGUUGGUUGCCAAACGUCUGCUUCUUAAAGGUUUUCCCAUAACUACAACCCUUGUCAUGUUUGUGACCUACUGUCUAAUUCAAGUAAUCAAGGAGCGAGAGAGAAAACAAGCCCUAAUCGAUGACCCGGACCCACUUCCUCCUGCACCCCCUCUGAAUGCUGCUGCAAGUCCUCCUGCCUCUGCAACAACAGCCUCUGCUGCUCAACCAGUGGCUGAUCCCAGCAAAGAAAAAGCAGAGUAGAGAGCCAAUGUGACUCGUUUAAAAAAAGAAAAGUACACCACAGUGCACUAUUGGAUGCUAGUAACCUUUUUUAACAUGGAUUUUAUUAUAGAAACAAAACUCGUAAAUGAAGGAAACACUAUUUGUAGUCAAAUUCCAGUUAGUAACCUUUAAAAAAUGUAUUCCACUAUACCUGAUGUCAUUUGGAGUAUAUUAACAACUAUAAAAGUUAAAACUCAGUAAGUAAAUAACAAUUUCUCAAAAGCAUUUAUUUGUGCUUGGGGUAUGGCAGAUGUUUUAUUUAGGCUUUGUGGAGUUAUUAUCUCCACAUAACUCCACAAACCUUAAAUAAAAUUAAAAGUGAACUGAAAGGGUGUCUGCUAUUCUUUUGGUUUUGCACAAUAAAUAAAGCUUUUAAAGACAUUUUAAGGUA